GUCAAAGAACAAUCAGAAAGAGAGGAAGACAAAGAGCUUGAGAGAGAGAGAGAGAGAGAGAGAGGUGUUGUGUGUGUGGGGGGCUCAGUGAAAGGGAGAGACCCAUUGCUUGGUAGACCAACAAAUAAACAUAAGCAAUCAGAGAGUCCUCACGCCAUGAUGUUCAAUAUUCAAAUGAGACGACUAUUUUUCGCAUGGAUUGUAUUGUCAGUUAUAAUUCAGUGCUCCCUACAAGCUCAGAGUAAUGCAAAACCAAAGCCGAAACCUAAAUCUGGAAGUCCUGGAAAACCCGGGAAACCGGCACCGGAAAAGCCUACAAAGAAGGGUCCUGACGCCGAAUCCCCAAAGAAGCCAGAAGCUAUGACACAGCCCCGUGCUAACUUUCUGUUGAUGUCUCUCGAUUGGUUAAGGAACAACGUAGUCAUCUCGGAUGAUGCGAUGAAGAAGACGUGGAGUUCCUUUACCGAUAUUCUUAAGAAAGACAAAAUAAUGCAAAAUGACAACUGGCAGCAACAACUCGUAUUCCUUAUUUCGCAGAAUGCUCACCUGACGGAUUUUGUCCACAAUCUGAACAAGAUGCUACAGAUCUACCCUUGGUUGUUCAAUGGAUUGGCAAUGAACCUACCUGACUACACAGUUGUACAUUUCAAGCACUGGUUGCGAUUGUCUACGUCACAGCUACCCUACCUGGGUUACCAGCCAGGACAUGGAGUGCAGCACCCAUACCACCCUGGAAUAUAUAACCAAAUGUAUCAGAUGCCCCACAACUACAGAAUAUCCCCUCAGCUCUUCAACCAUAACAGCCAUCACAGGAAUCCAGGAAUGAUCAACAGUGGCUUCUCCAACAUCAACGGCUGCCCAGUGGUCAAUGUGACCCUUAACCUCCAAAUCAACAGUAAGGGUCACUGUUGGACCUCAGUAACAGCCCCGCAGCAAAGUCUAAAGAAUUUCUUCAUUUUGGCCGCUUACCAAAACAAAUGUUUCAAAUUUGAGAUACAACACCGAAACAGCCGUCUCCCUCCAGCCUUGGUGACCAGUUCCAGCAGCCAAAGAGAAUACAUUCGGUCAAUCAACGGCAUUGAAGAGACCAGCACCAUGAUGUGGUCAAUCGACGAGUUGAAUGGACCGAAGGACUUAGAACUGUCCAGUUUCCUGCCAAGACACAAUGCCAUCAUUAUCAUUAAUUAUGCAGAUUCAAAUCUAAUCAAAAAUAAAUAUUCAUCAAAUCAUUAAAAAAAAAAUUCUGUCUCCAAAAACAAAUC